UCUCCAUAUAAAAACACCGCCGGGAGUUUCCGUAAAAUCACAUUCAGCUGUCAAGACUGAACAAUGGUUAACAUGAGCUAUCACCAAUUUUUACUAAAAUAUCUACAGCCGAGUUCAAGACAGUCGAGAAGGCGAGCGAAUAAAAGAAAAAGGAAUUAUUGGGAUAAGCUGUCUCCAACAAAUUGUCAGACUUGAUUGACAAGGACUUUCUAAAAGGUCCAGUGUAAACUGUGAUCCGAGUAUCUGUGUGUUGAGACUGACUGGCGAGAUGACUGCCGAGUGGCUACACCUGCCCCCGCCGUACCCCCCUGGAGUAGGGCCGUUGUAUGGUGCAGAGUUGGAGGCGUGGUAUGAGGACCUGCAGGAUAUUCUGGGCUCCGACACGGGAGGGGCAAAAAUGGCACGUGCCCCCACAUGCACCGAGAAGGAGCCAGAGUUUCUGGAUGUUCUUGAGAGUUGUUCUCUGACGUGGCUGACUGACGGAAACCAGACAUGGGCUGAAGGUGUCCAGAGGACAACAGAGGAUAUCCACACCAUCCAGCCUCUGCAUCACACCUCGUCAUUGUCCUCCUCCUCUUCUUCGUCCUCAUCCUCCUGCAUGAGUCCAGCUGUUGUAGAGGAACGGCAGGUGGAAGCUGAGACUGGGAGAAAUGCAGAUAGCUCAACAGGAGGCAGCAGUGACUUGCUGCCUCCGGAGUUUUUUGAGUUGCUCAGUGAAGGAGGCGUGGGAACGGUUGAUCCAAGUGGAGCAGUGAUCAGCAGUGGCUAUUAUUAUCAUCAACACCACCCUGCAAAUAACGCCCUUCCUGCAUCUCCCUCAGCCAGCGAGGAGGAACUGCCCUGCGUGCCAGAUUCUCCAUCCUGCUCUUCUUCAGCUUCCCAGUCACCAUCUCAAAAUUGCUCUCCUCCUUCUUCACCUGUCUCCUCACCCUCAGGCUAUUCGUCCUCCUGUUUGGGAAAACGCAAGCGGACCUCCAGCGAGAGGGCUAACGGUGCCUUGUCCUCUUUCUCCUCUUCCAUGCAACGCUCAUCUUACUCGUCUACCAAAAAGAGUCGCAAAGAAAGAGAGCAAGAGAAUGAGCGAAAGGUACAAGAGCUGACCGAGCAGAAUGAGCGUUUGAAAGCAGAGAUUGAAAGGUUGGGAGAGGAGGUACAGAGGACACGAAGAGCUCUGAUUGAGAGGCUGGUCAACACCAGGAAAUGAAGGGAAAAGAGACAGGAUGGAGAACAGGAAAAAGAAAAAACAAGUCCUAUACAAUCAGAAGAGCAAUGGUGGGGAAAGGUGUGAGAAGAGUGGAAACCAAAGACAUUUUUAUACGUGACCGUUUUUGGAAAAGAGAGAUAAGUGAAGAAAGUAAUGAAAGUCAAGACUAGAGGGUACAGAGAGAAUGGGCUGCAGUAGCAUUGCGGCAAAUCAAAAGAAACCGCAUGUCUGAAGGAGGAAAGAAAGCUUGAAGUGUAAAUCAUGCAGCAGAUUUAAUGAAUGUCAUUUUAAGGAAUGCAAAAUAAGUUCCAUGAAACAGGAGACAUUAGAAUGGAACGGGUGCUGAUUUGUAUGUAUAACUUAGAGGUGUUUUAGCAAGAGAGGACAUCAGUGUCAUCUUAUUCCCACCAUAUUGCAAUAAAUUGUAACUCCCAACUUUAAGGGCUACAAUCAGGCUCACAGAGAUUACUUGCCCUAGUUUGUGGAGAGUUUUGGAGCUCAGGAAAGUUUUGAAAGUGCCCAGUGCAGUGUGAGUAUGAGUUGUUUUUUAAAAUAAAGAAAAUUUAUACCAUUUUUUUAUUAUUUCCUUGUAUAACCCAUGGCUUGUUGGUUCCUGUAUUUAGAUAAAACAAGUAACCUGCGUAUACCUUUCCUGCUGACCUUUUCUAUUAUUGGAAUCUGUGGCAGAAUUAAUCUUCUACUCUGAUUUACUAUUUUUAUAUAAACUGUAAUAUAUGCGUAAAUACAGUUGUACUGUUAUGGCCUAUACUGUAUUAUUCCAACACACUGUUUAUUUCUCAUUGUAGUAAAACCUUGUUAUUCUUAAAUAUGCAUGGAUUUUUAUCACUCAUGGCAUCAGAUGAUGUUUUUUUUUCUUGAUUGUACUUAAACAUUUGCAAUAAAAAUGUAAACAUAUACUUUA